AUGAGUCCCCAUAAUAUUCAUUCAAAUAAUACAUCUCCCCGUCAAUCAACAGAAGAACAGGAGAAAGAACAAAAAAUACAAAAUAAUAAAAAAGAAGAAGAAAUUAAUAUAAUAAAUAAUAAUCAAUUAAUAAUUAAUGGAAAAAUAAAUAAUAAUUUAAAUAAAAAUAUUGAAGAAGUAGAGGAUUUUAAUAAUGAUAAUAAAGAAAAAUCAACACAAAGACGUUUAUACAAAGCUGAUUCAAAUCCGCCUAUUCCUUUAACUUUUCUUUUUGGUUUACAACAAGUAAUGGUCUCUGUGUCAGUUCUUGUUUCAAUUCCAAUACUUAUUUCUGAUUUAAUCUGUCCUGGGCGAGAUAGAGACCAAUUAAGAGUUCGUUUAAUUGCCGGUACUUUUGUUGUUUGUGGAAUAGGGACAAUACUUCAAAGCGGGUUUGGACUUCGACUGGCUCUUUUACAAGGAGUUGCUUUUGCUUAUAUACCUUCGGUAAGAGCAUUUAUGAGCCUUCCAGAAUAUAAAUGUUUAGCUUCUGUUGAUGAUUUUGUUCCACCAGAAAUUUAUGAAAAUAAAAUGGCUAUGAUUCAAGGAACUUUAAUGGCCUCUUCUUGUGUUACAAUGCUUAUAGGGGCUACCGGUUUAGUUGGAAUAAUGACUAAAUAUAUUGGGCCAAUGACUGUUUCCCCUUUAUUAAUGUUAAUGAUGCUUUCUUCUGUUAAAAUUACUGUUGAACGAGUUGAAAAACAUUGGAUAUCCCUUGUGUAUGUUUAA